AUGGACCCAUCAGGAGCAAACACCGAAUCUUGCGGACAGAAUGCUUCCAAUGCAAAUCAAUGCUGCGACCACCCUGCCAGCUCGGCCGCAGUAGAAGAUUUCGAAAAAGUCAUCGACAAACGAAACAACCAUGGCUGGCGUCGAGUGGUUGUGAACUUCACUCCCUCGUGGUUCGCCGUCAUCAUGGGCACCGGCAUCGUUUCAAUCCUCCUUCACAAUCUCCCCUACAACGGCACCUGGCUGUACUGGAUCUCUGUCGUCGUAUUCUGUCUCAACGUAACGUUGUUCACCAUCUUCCUGGCGAUUUCCAUCUUGAGAUACACCUACUUUCGAGGAUUGUUUCAAUUCAUGAUCGGCCACCCUGUCCAGUCUCUGUUCACUGGUACUUUUCCCAUGGGCUUGGCCACGAUCGUCAACAUGGUGGUUUUUGUAUGUGUGCCGGCGUGGGGCCCUUGGGCAACGACUCUGGCUUGGACACUUUGGUGGAUUGACGCUGUCAUCGCCGUCAUGACGUGCUUCUACCUCCCUUUCGUUGUCAUGUACAAGCACGACAGCGAGCUCUCACAGAUGACGGCGGUCUGGCUGCUACCUAUCGUCUCGACAAUCGUCGCAGCAGCGACCGGCGGUAUCGUGGCGGAAAUCCUCCCAAGCCAACAACAUCAGCUCUGGACGAUCAUGGUAUCUUACGUCCUAUGGGGCACGGGUUUUCCCCUGGCCAUGGUCGUCCUAGUCAUUUAUUUCCACCGGCUCACUAUCUAUAAACUCCCGGCCCGAGAAGUAAUCGUCUCCGUGUUUUUGCCUCUCGGUCCCAUCGGACAAGGAAGCUUUGCGAUCAUGCAACUGGGCAAGGUUGCGAAAAGGGUGUUUCCCCUCACGAAAACAAUCGACCCGGAAGCAGGCACGACCUUCUACAACUUGGGCGUGGUGUUCGCGCUCAUCAUCUGGGGCUAUGGCCUGAUCUGGCUCUUCUUCGCCCUCGCCAGUAUCAGCCGAAGCAAGUUCCCGUUUAACAUGGGUUGGUGGGGGUUCACGUUCCCGUUGGGAGUUUACAGCGUGUCGACGACGACUCUGGCCAAGGAGCUGCCCAGUGGUUUCUUCCGCGUACUUGGCACUGUUUUCUCACUCACGGUGGUUCUUCUGUGGCUGGUGGUGUUUGCGCUCACCAUGGUUGGGGUCUUCAAGGGCGAGAUCUUCUACGCUCCGUGUGUGCAGUCUUAUGAACGGCAGGAAGCGGUCCUGGAGAUGGAGCGGCAGCACCAGAAAGAUGCCGAGAGACAGGACGCAUAA